AAAACUCCAUUAUAAGAAGAACAUGGAGCUACAUUGCUUCAAGCCAAAAUACAAAGAACAAAAAAUGGGGGAAAAAUGGGCUAGAGGAGCAAUUGUAAUGUUGGUUUUGGUAACUGGGUGGUAUUGUUCUUGUUGUUGUGGGUGUUUGGAGGAAGAGAGAAUUGCCCUCUUAAACCUCAAACAUUCAAUUCGUCCCCCAACUGGCAAUGUUCUAGCAUCUUGGGAAAGGCAUGGUGAUUGUUGUAAGUGGGUUGGGAUUGAAUGCAACAUCACAACAAAGAGAGUGAUCAAGCUCUCUCUUAGCUCUCUCUUAAUAAUAUUAGGGAUUGGAACUUUGGACAUUGGCUUCAUGAAGAAUGAAGGUCUAGAAAGGCUGUCAAGCUUAAGCAAUUUGAAGGUUCUUGAUUUGAGUUAUAACCAAUUAAACAAUAGCAUCCUAUCAUCUUUGGCAAGUCUUUCAUCCUUAAAAGUGUUAAAUCUAGCAUUCAAUGAGAUGGAAGGAAGUCUCCAUAAUCCAGAAUUAGUUGCUUUAAACGAGUUGAAGAAGUUGGAUUUAAGCAACAAUAGUGUGGAAAGUUUCAUGGCUCCCAAAGGUAUUAAAAGAGUAUCGAGCCUAAGUAAUUUAGAAGUGAUUCAUUUGUUGGAUAAUUCUUUCAAUAACACCACUUUAUCUUCCCUAGGAGGGCUUCCAUCUCUCAAGAUUCUUGAUUUGAGUAGGAACAAAUUAAAAGGAAUACUAAAUAUUAAAGAAUUAGUUGCUCUAAACAAUUUGAAGGAGCUGGAUUUAAGCGAAAAUGAAGUGGAAAGUUUUGUGGCUCCCAAAGAUAGUCACACUUUGAAGGAGUUAGAAGUAUUGCUUUUGGAGGGAUAUUCUCUUCAUAAUAAUUUUCUUCAGAGCAUUGGAACACUAAAUUCUCUUAAAGUUUUGUCUGUGUCCAACUGUGAGCUCAAUGGAACUUUGCCUAGUCGAGGAUGGUGUGAGUUGAAGAACCUUGAAGAGUUAGAUUUAAGUGGAAAUAAUUUUGAGGGAAUACUUCCCUCUUGCUUGGGAAACUUGUCAUAUCUUCAUGUGUUGGAUGUAACAUUUAACCAUUUCAGAGGAAAUAUUACCACCAGCCCUUUUACCAACUUGAAAUCACUUGAAUAUCUCUCAUUUUCAAAUAACAACUUUCAAGUCCCAAAUUCCUUUUCGAUGUUUGCUAACCACUCCAAGCUUAAGGUCCUUAUGGGCGAUGCCAACAAUUUAGUGCCAGAACCUCUCCUUCAAACUCCAACUCCAAAGUUCCAACUUAUAUUUUUGAGUUUGUCUUACCUUGCAUUAAAAGAACCUCCCUACUUCCUCCGUCACCAAAAUGUCGCUAGGGCUGUUGAUCUCUUCCACAACAACAUUACAGGAGGAUUACCAUCUUGGUUGUUCAUGAACAAUACAGCAUUAAAAGGACUUCGUCUAGGAUAUAACUGCAUUUCAGGACCUUUGCAGUUGCCUGCACAACGUCAUUUCAACAUUACAAUCUUAGAUGUAUCUGGCAAUAGUUUACAGCGAAAUCUUCCUAUAAACAUGAGUUCAGUCUUUCCCCAUCUUAAAACCUUAAUCAUGUCUAAAAAUUCAUUUGAAGGUCAGAUUCCUACUUCUUUUGGUGAUAUGAAAUCAUUAGAAUCUUUAAGCCUACCAAACAAUCAUAUCUCUGGGAAUAUCCCUGAUUCCUUUGGUCAUUUGAGCUUAUUAUCCUAUUUGGACUUGUCCAACAACUGGUUGUCUGGAGGAAUACCUGAACUUCUAGUCUCGGGUUGCCCCUUGAAUGUUCUUAGAUUGUCAAAUAAUAAUUUGGAGGGGCAAGUAUUUCCUCUUCUUUUCAACUUAACAAAGUUAUCUGUCUUAAAACUGGGCAGUAAUAACUUUGAGGGAAACAUACCUGAGUUUUCAUCUAUCAACUCUUUUUAUCCACAAAUUAUAGACAUGAGCAACAACCAUAUCUCAGGCAAGCUUCCAAGAUGGAUGGGAAAUAUAUCAUCCUUGCAGGGGUUGUCUUUGGCCAAAAAUCAUUUUGAGGGUCUUUUUCCGGUAGAAUUUUGUGGCCUUCAUUUCCUUGAAUUUCUUGACCUGUCAAGCAACUACUUAUCUGGCUCUAUCCCAGAAUGUUUUAAUCCAAUUGGAAUAGAAUAUGUUCAUCUGAGCAACAAUAGAUUGACUGGGCCAUUAACAAAAGCAUUCUCUCGCUGCUCUUCUCUGGAGACACUGGACCUUACAAGAAACAAUCUAACUGGUAUAAUUCCUGGUUGGAUUGGCAGCCUACCCUUAUUGAGCUUUCUUUUGUUGAAAGCUAACUACUUUGAAGGUGAAAUUCCUGUUCAGUUAUGUCAGUUGAACAAACUAAAGAUGUUGGAUCUUUCUCAAAAUAAUCUUUCUGGUUCUAUACCUUUCUGUUUGAGUAAUUUAACAUUUGAGGCAUUAGUUUCUUCGAAUCAGAUUUCUUAUUGGACAACUGGAAGUGAAAUAGAAAUGAUAGGUUCAUUGGUAAAAAAGUCAAGGAAAAAGCUGGCAGAGACUGGGAAAAAGCUGGCAGAGAUUGCGAUCGACCAUUCAAAAUAUGGAUAUGAGUUGAUUAAAGUGGAGUAUUGGGUAGAGUUUACAACAAAGGGUAUGUCACAUGUUUACAAUGGAAGCAUCUUUCGUUACAUGUCUGGUAUUGAUUUAUCUUGCAACCGUCUCAUAGGAAGGAUCCCAACUGAAAUUGGAUAUUUGAAUGAGAUCCAUGCGCUAAAUAUGUCACACAACAAGCUAACAGGACCGAUUCCCACUACAUUUUCAAACCUAAAGCAGAUUGAAAGUUUGGACAUUUCCUAUAACAAUUUGAGUGGGAGAAUCCCUCCUCAAUUGAUUGAGCUAAACACUCUGGCUAUGUUUUCUGUUGCAUACAACAAUUUAUCAGGACCAACCCCUGAUCAAAAAGCUCAGUUUGGAACCUUUGAUGAAAGUAGCUAUGAAGGAAAUCCAUUCCUCUGUGGAGCUCCAUUACAGAUCAACUGCACCAAAAUUGAAUCACCAUCAGUUUUGACCAAUGUCUCCAAUUAUGACAGGGAAAAUAAUGGUUUGAUUGACAUGAGUGCUUUUUACUGGAGCUUUGUGGUAACUUAUGUUGUAGUAUUGAUGGCAAUCGCAACAGUUCUGCACAUAAAUCCUUAUUGGAGACGAGCAUGGUUUUACUUCAUUGAAGUCUGUAUCACCUCUUGGCACGGAACAACAGGGGCAGUAGAGGCAGCUGUGCCUUGCGCGUUGUUGCAUAUUGCUUCAACUUUGCUACUCGGAUCCAAAGAAGUGAUUUUCAGUAGAUUCAUCUUAAUGUCGGUGCAGGGAACUAUACUACUGCAGUUUAACGUAAUUGCAAUUUUAUCAGCAGAAGUUCCUUGAAAAUUCUUAAAUGUUACAUCACUUAUUUUUACUGCAGUUUCCUCUCAUAGAGUGGGGUGUCUUAGUUAUGGGAGCAUCCUUGACAAAUUUCACCUAUAUGGAUGUCGGAGUGGGGCCGCUCCUAUGAGAAUAGGGCUAUUCUCUAAAUCAUCCAUGAAUACCAGGAUUAGGCACAAAGGCCGUAAUGUGCCGGCUUACCAAGCUCAAAUUAACACCUGGAUUAUAAUGUGUGUGAUAUGGUCUCUUAUAUCCCCUAAGUAGUCCUAGUUCAAGACUUUGCUCACUAGUGACUUUGGAAUAGGAAUCAUUGACUCACUAAGUAGAGGUUCAAGGCAUUGCUACCUCUAUUAUGCAUAUUAAUCCAUCCUUUGCCUAUAUAAUUUUCAUCUUUUUAAAUUUCUUUUAUUUUAAUUAAAAUGGAGGGGGAAU